AGGUGGGAGGGGACCGGGCGGGGAGGAGAACGACAGAGAAACGCGGUGGCGGCGGCGGCGACGCGCGCGCCCAGCCCACCCCCCGCACCCGCCGCCCGGACAAUAAACAGCCGCGAGCGGAGCAAUGCCCGAGCGGGUGCCGUCGCCCCCGCGCCGCGCUACCCAGGUCCCCAGGCCUUAGCCCGCCGAUUCCUAGCACCUCGGCCCGAGCGCCCUCUCGCGCCAUCCCCCGCCCAGCAUCACGGACCCACCCGGACUUCGGAGGGGAAAUGGAGACCCUGGUGGCAGAGACCACAUCCCAGCAGGAGCGGCUGCUGGCCAUUGCAGAAAAGCGGAAGAGGCAGGUGGAGAUUGAUAGCAAGCGGCGGCAGCUGGAGGAUGACCGGCGGCAGCUGCAGCACCUGAAGUCCAAGGCAUUGCGGGAACGCUGGCUGCUGGAGGGGACACCAUCCUCCGCCUCAGAGGGGGAUGGGGACAUGAGGAAACAGAUGCAAGAGGAUGAGCAGAAGGCCCGGCUUCUGGAGGAGUCCAUCUCCAGGCUGGAGAAGGAAAUUGAGGUGCUAGAGAACACAGAUGUGCCCCCAGUCGCCAUCAAGGAGAACGUGGCAACCCCGAGCCUGGCCAAGGAGGCCCAGAAGGCAGAGGUGGUGCUGAAUUCUCGUCAGACUCCGGUGGGCACGCCCAAAGAGAAGCAUGUCCCCAACACCCCCAUGAGGAUGGUCGAAGGCUCCACCAUGAUGAAGGCAGCCAUGUACUCUGUCGAGAUCACAGUGGAGAAGGACAAGGUGACCGGGGAAACCCGGGUGCUAUCCAGCACCACCUCGCUCCCUCGGGAGCCCCUCCCUCAGGGCGUCAAGGUCUACGAGGACGAGACCAAAGUGGUCCAUGCUGUGGAUGGCACUGCAGUGAAUGGGAUCCAGCCCCUGAGCUCCUCUGAGGUGGACGAACUCAUCCACAAGGCAGACGAGAUCACGCUCAGCGAGGCAGGGCCCGUGGCCGGGGCAGCGGAGACCCGCGGGGUGUCCGAGGAGGCCUUGCGGACCACCACACCCUCCCGGCGAGAGAUCGCUGGGGUGCAGGCGCAGCCAGGUGAGGCCACGUCGGGCCCGCCGGGUGUCCAGCCUGGCCAGGAGCCCCCGGUCACCAUGAUCUUCAUGGGCUACCAGAAUGUGGAGGACGAGGCAGAGACCCAGAAGGUGCUGGGGCUGCAGGACACCAUCACCGCGGAGCUGGUGGUCAUUGAGGACACAGCUGAGUCCAAGGGGGAUGCCCCGCCCAACGGCAGCGCGGCUGAGCCCCCUGCCACUUUGGGCUCCAGGGAAGAGAACCAGGUUGGGCCUGAGGUCAGCGACACCCAGGACCUCGACAUGAAGAAGCAGCGCUGUAAAUGCUGCUCUGUCAUGUGAUCCGCCCGUCCCCAGACCCAGGCCCCGCCCUCCACGCCACAGACACCCGCAGCCCGGCAGCACCUGCCCUCCCCCACCCACAAUCACAGGCCCCAGGACAUGCUGUGUUGUUACAUCUUCCUUCUGAGUUUUCUUUCACUGGAAAGAGAGGAACAGGGGUCCCCCACCCCUCACCACCCCAGCAUACCCUAAACCAUUGAGCUGUGCCCCUGGUAGGAGAGAGACACCGACAGUCCCGCUUUUCCUGAGGAGGCCCACCUGCCAUGUUGCAGCAAUUCCACUGAUGGGCUCUCACCCAGUUGUCCUGGCUGGUGGAACCCGGGGCCCCUGUCCAGUCCCAGGCCAGCCCAUCACCCUUGGGCCUCCUGCCUGUGCCUUCCUGCCACCUCCAGUGAGGUCCCCGAGGGGAUAUCCCACCACAGGGGCCCUGGGGAGCCAAGGGGUCCUGGAGGCCUACUCUUUCCCCAUUCAGCCCCUGGAAGUGGGGUUCCCCAGCCAAGACUUUGGCAGCCGGAUCUCAGGCAGUUGGGGUGAGGCUUUGCCUCAUUGGGGAGCCUCGGACAGAGACCUGGCUCCAGGUCUCUGGGGUGGAGCAUGGGCCCCUAUGGACACCCCCAGCCUGAUGUGCCCCCACCUCUAUGCUCUGUGGGCAAAAUCAGUGGACGAUGGAGACUGGGAAGAGGGAGCCCUGGGGACAUGACCCCAUUCAGGAGGGUUCUGUGACCCCUGCGCUGUCUUCUGGAUGGGGCAAGUGAGGGUCUUCGAGCUGCCCCCGCACAAGGUGGGGCCGUGUAAACCUCUUAUCCUGAGCUCCCACCUCCACUGGGUUCUCCUUCCUGGUGCUAAUUUGGUGACUCUGGGGGGCUGCCCCUGCUCCUCCUCCAGCCAGCUUGGACCAGGGUCCUGGUUCCACCACUCCCACCCCCGCCCCCCCAUCGUAUCCCAGAGAUCGGGCCCUCUGCCAGCUCUCCUGGGCUGCUAAGGGGGCAGGCCUGGAGCAGGGAGCUUUCCUGAGUUGCAACAGGAGACCCUCACUGGCCUCCCAGCCCAAUGUGAGCCUCCCCUCCAUCUCCGGUAGAAGGACUCCCCUCCUGGGAUGUGCACACAUGUCUCCCAGGUUGCAGGCGCACUCAAGCCCACACUCACAGACCCUCUGAUGUGUGGGCUGUGGGAUGACCAGGUUCCCCGCCUGAUGCCUAGGCCCAGGCCACCCCCGCCUCAGCACGGGGAGCUCUGGGGCUGCCUUGGGCCACAGCCCUGGCCCAUCUUAGCUCUGCCCCUCGGUGGUGGAAGGAGAGGCCCUCUCUGAAGUGGCCCCAGGCAGCGGUGUGGACCCCUUCCCUCCAGUCGCCGAGUCCUCGAGCUAUGAGCCUCUGCUGAAGUGCCCUUGCUGCCCUUCUGCUUUUGAUGUGUGACAGGCCCUGUGUUCUUGACUUUCCCAGAGAAGCAAAUAAACCGUGUGAACAGUC